CAAUUGGUCUCUAAGCAAGACAACCAUAAAAACAUACGCAGUUUUCCGGACAUAGAUGGGUCCUUGGGAUACAAUCAUUCGGUAUUUCCAGAAAUGGAUCAUAAAACGAAAUAACUAUAUAUGAUGAGUUGAACAAAACAGUGACCAUGGAGUUUAAGAAGAGAACUGGCUCUCCAAAUGGUGAAAAGUAUGGUAUGCAAAGCGUCAGUCGUACCUUUUCUGAUUUUGCAAAUACAAGUCGAUCACUAUUUCAACCGGAAGGGCUUAAACGGUGGAAUAAAAAAAGAAAGCUUGCUCAUUUUAUGGUCCUUAUUAGCCUUAUACUCAUUGUAAUUGGAUUCAUAAUGACGAUUUGCAGCGCAAGCGAUGUUGUGGGGGCAGGAACAUUAUUUCUGGAACAACGGAAGGAUUAUAUAAUCGUUGGUCCCAUUUUACUUGGCAUUGGAACUGUGACAUUAAUAACUGGAAUAUCAAUGAAUUACAUAUUCCGACGGAAAAUGUAUAUGACAAUGCAGCCUGAGUGCAAAAAUGAAAUUAUAUCUGAAUUCGAAACAGAUGAAACGACACAUUGUGAUGUGCAUAUUCUCAAAGAUGCAAACGGGAAUAUUAUUCAGAAUGCUGUUGAGACAAUCAGGUUAGAGUUCAUACCCGAAAAGGCCAAUGUGGAAAAAGAAGCACGACGGGAUAACUGGCGAGGAUCAACAGAUAGUUCCGAAAAGGAAAAUACAAAUCCUGCUGUGUUAGAAGUAACGUCUACAUCGGACCACAGUAACAUUGAAGGCCUCUCAUGUAUAGAAGGGACUCGUGAAGAUUUACAUACAUGUCAACCACACAUAAAGCCAGAUGGCCAGGAGCAACCGUCACAGUCAUCCUUUCUGUCCAUAGGCAGUAGAGACAUUCAAGAAAGUCAUGCUUCGUCCUUUUUGUCCGUAGGAAGUGGAGGAAUUCACAAGGGACAGUCUUCUAAAUCAUUUUUGUCUUUGGAUGAUGGACACAUUCACAAAGUACAAGAUUCACAGUCCUUUUUGUCUUUGGACGGUGGGGAUAUUCACAGAGGAAAAGAUUCUAGGUCUUACAUAUCUUUGGAUGAUGGGUGUAUUCACAAAGGCGAGGAUUCGCGGUCCUAUUUCUCGUUGGACGGUGGGGAUAUGGACAGACAUGCUUCUAAAUCAUCAUAUUGGUCUUUGGAUACUGAAGAAUCACAUCAAGAGAUACCAUUGUCAAAAUCAAAUGCAAAAACAUGUCUACUGCCUUAUAAGAAUUCUAAUUUAAGAUGGAGUCAUAGGAAUGGAUUAGAGAAUGAAGCAAAAUACGAUGUCAUUGAAACUCAGAGUGAGAGCUGUAUACCUACUUUUGACAAAAACCAUAUAGAUGUUACCAAAUCGAAGAGUGAUGCCAAUAUUGAAACAGUCAUACUUGAAAAUAAUAUUAUACAAGAUUUUAUUGAUGACGUUACUAAUAAGAAUGGGAAUUCAAACCAAUGUCUGAAAUAUCCUGACGUAUCAGCAGCUCUUCCACCUGCACACCAACUGGUUGGUUCAGGCGAACACAGAAACGAAGCAUUGGCCAAGGACUGGAGUAACGUUUCCAUGGAUACUAUUAACUUCCUCUCAACUGAGUGUGUUUUCUCAAAUGAAAUGGGAGACUGCCAAAAAUGUAAACUUCACAAAUAAAUAGAAUUCAAACCAUUAUAUCCAACCUGAUUUAUAACAAUAAUAAUGAGCUUAUAGCCUAUUAGCCUACCAUUAACCUAGAAUUUGGGGCAAUUUUUGUGAAUCAAAAAGUUAUUAAUGAUUCUGAACAAUUUGGAAAAUGAUUACUCCUGAUAUAAUGAAAUACUGCAUUGUAAUUGAAUAAAUAUCUUCAUAACAUAUUUAAUUUUAUUCACCAUUUUAAUUAUUUUAUAAAAUUGGGUUGAAAGUG